CGCCCGCAGGACGCCGCCGCAGCCCCGGCCCCGGCCGCCCUCUCGCCCCGCCCGACCGCAGGCCGCGCCGGAGGGGGAGCGGGGCUGCCUGGGGCGCCUCUGGUUCGGCCUCGGGGGCUCCGGCGGCUGAAGGGCCGGGCCGGGCCGGGCCGGGCGUGCUUGGGCGCAGCUGCUCGGCGCGGCCCCCGAUGCGGCCCGGCGCCUGAGGGGCUGGGCCUCCGCCAUGGCCUCGGUGCCCGUGUACUGCCUCUGCCGCCUGCCCUACGACGUCACCCGCUUCAUGAUCGAGUGCGACGUGUGCCAGGACUGGUUCCACGGCAGUUGCGUCGGGGUGGAAGAGGAUGCCGCGGCCGACAUCGACUUGUACCACUGCCCCAACUGCCAGCUGCUUCACGGGCCGCCUGUCAUGAAACGGCGCCGGGGGAGCCAGAAACAGCUAGACUCCGCUGCCAGCAAAGAAGUGGGCAAGACAGUGAAGACUGGCAGCAUGCAGUUCAUUCAGGAACUUCGCAGCAGGACAUUUCCCAGUGCGGAUGAGGUUAUCCUGAAGCCGAGCGGAGCCCAGCUGACGGUGGAGUUCCUGGAGGAGAACAGCUUCAGCGUGCCCAUACUAGUCCUGAAGAAGGAGGGGCUGGGCAUGACUCUCCCACCGGCAUCCUUCACUGUGCGUGACGUGGAACAUUACGUGGGGGCUGACAAGGAGAUUGAUGUCAUCGAUGUGACACGUCAGGCAGACCUCAAGAUGCGCUUGGGAGACUUUGUCACCUAUUAUUGCAGCGGCCACAAGGAGAAAGUUCUUAACGUCAUCAGUCUGGAGUUCUCUGAAACAAGGCUUUCAAACUUGGUGGAAACCCCCAAGAUUGUGCGUAAGCUGUCUUGGGUGGAGAACCUGUGGCCAGGAGAGUCGGUGUUUGAACGCCCUAAUGUGCAGAAGUAUUGCCUGAUGGGGGUCCAAGACAGCUACACUGACUUCCACAUUGACUUUGGGGGAACCUCUGUCUGGUACCAUGUGCUGCGGGGAGAAAAGAUCUUCUACCUGGUGCGCCCCUCAGCUGCCAACUUGACACUCUUCGAGGCGUGGAGCAGCUCAUCCAACCAGAAUGAAAUGUUCUUUGGGGACCAAGUGGACAAAUGCUACCGCUGUCCUGUCCGCCAGGGCCAGACCCUCUUUAUACCCACAGGUUGGAUCCAUGCGGUGCUGACCCCCGUUGACUGCCUUGCCUUUGGGGGCAACUUCCUCCACAGCCUCAACAUUGAGAUGCAGCUCAAGGCCUACGAGAUUGAAAAGCGACUCAGCACGGCUGACCUCUUCAAGUUUCCCAACUUCGAAACCAUCUGCUGGUACGUCGGCAAACACCUUCUGGACAUCUUCCGAGGCCUUCGGGAAAACCGCAGACACCCGGCUGCUUACUUGGUUCAUGGCGCCAAAGCCCUGAACGCAGCCUUCCGCUCCUGGACCAAGAAAGAGGCCUUGGCUGAGCAUGAGGAAGAAAUUCCUGGCACUAUGCGUCCAGCACAGCUCAUCAAAGAUCUGGCCAAGGAAAUCAGACUUGUGGAGGAUAUAUUCCAGCAGAACCUUGGGAAGACGGGCACCCCGUUUGGCCUGCAGAGGGGCACGCAGCCUGGCGUCGCUGCCAGAAAGGGGGACCAGAGCCCCAAGGACCUGGGCAGGAAAGGCAGCCGGCGAGACGUAGCCUCAGUCAAAGCCCUGGAACUGGAGUUGCUGGACGAAUACACGCAGCAGGCCCUGAAGGGCGUGGGGAGCCGCUGCCACGAGGAGCUUGAUUUGCCGAGUUCUAGCCUGGAAGAUACAGACGGAGAACCUGACCUGACAGAGGAGGAGCUGUCGGUGGUGGUGGCCAACGGCCGGAGCACCAGGAAAACCAAGGCUUGCGAGCAUCCCCGGGGCCGCAAAGGAGCGCAAGCCCCACCCAGCCCUUCCGAUGCCGAGGCUCCUGAUGCUGACUCUGAAGAGGACCUGCAGAUUGACGAGACGCCGCGCAGCGAAAGGCGGAACCUGGUGCUGCGCAAGAGACUGCCCAAAUUUCCCCGGAAGCUGCCACGAGCCAAACCCUGUUCUGACCCGAACCGAGUGCGAGAGCCAGGGGAAGUGGAGUUUGACAUUGAGGAGGACUACACAACGGAGGAGGAGGAGGAGGAGGAGGAGGAAGAGGAGGUGGCAGCUUCUGGCGACGAGCAGCUGGAGGGCAGCAGCAGCAGCACCACCGGCGGGAUCCUGGACCUGCUCAAAGCCAGCCGGCAGGUGGGCGGGGCAGGCUACGAUGAGCUCAGCGGUGCCCCGGCCUCUCCCAGCACUCAGGAAGCCAUCCAGGGCAUGCUGUGCAUGGCCAACCUCCAGUCCUCAUCGUCUUCGCCAGGCGCCUCUGCUUUGCAGGCCUGGCUGGCCGCUGGGCACGAGCGCAGCUGCGCAGGGGCCUCGGGGGCUCAGCGCUUGGGGAAGCGGCCCAUCAAGCGCCCGGCCCACCACAGCACCGAGAGCGAGGAGGAGGAGGCCAGCCUGGACGAGCAGGAGAGCUUGGGCGCCUGCUUCAAGGACUCCGAUUACAUUUAUCCAUCCUUGGAAUCUGAUGAAGAUGACCCUGCCCUGAAGUCACUACCAAAGAAAAAGAAAUGCACAGACGAUGCUCCAUGGAGUCCCAAGGCCCGGGUCACGCCAAGCUUGCCGAAGCAAGACCGCCCCAUACGUGAGGGCACCAGAGUCGCUUCCGUCGAGACGGGGUUAGCAGCGGCAGCAGCCAAACUGGCUCAGCAGGAGCACCAGAAGCUUCAGCGAAGGAAGCCUGUUGUGAAAAGGAAGCCCCCGUCUCCCAAGGCAUCCAGCCCGGAAGCGGAGCCGGAGCUCAUGGAAGAAGAAGUGGAACCGGACCUUCCGCCACAGCCACAGCCGGACCCUGCAGUGCCUGUGGUGUCCACCCCUCCGACGCCGGAACCCAAGCAGGAGCAGUUUGCUGGCAGCCUCGUGGAUCAUGAGUACACCGCCCGCCCCAGUGUCUUUGGAAUGGCCCAGGUGAACCGGGGCUCCACUCCCAUGGCACCGGGUGUCUUCCUGUCCCAGCGGCGCCCUUCGGCUGGCUUGCCAGGUGCCCAAGCAGCACAGGGGAAGCGCCCUAAGAAGGGCUUAGCGACGGCCAAGCAGCGACUCGGCCGCAUCCUGAAGAUACACCGCAAUGGCAAGCUGCUGCUGUGAAUGUUGUCCACGGGUCAGCGCCAGACCUCAGUCCCCUGAGGAGGAGUGGGGGGCACAGAGGUGCGUCUGGAGGCACUGCAUUGAUGUCCUCAAAGCUGCCAGGACAAUUGGGGGGGUAUGUGGACCCCCCGCCCUGCAUGGAUCAGAGCCAGGACGGAGCUGCCCCUGCCACUGGAAACAUUGGACUAGGUUGGCAGCUGCUCUGACAUCAGGCUGGACUGUGGUGGCUUUCCCUGGAGGGGCCAGCUGUGCAGCCGGCCGAGGGCUUCCCCUGGCCCACGGACUCUCGAUCCCUACCUCGACCCACUGCACUUCCUCUCACUCUGGGGCUGAUGCCUCUGGAGGGUUCUCUUUUCCCUUUGCCAAAUCACAGGAGGAGGCGUUGAUUGGCCUCUUGUUCCCCAAAACUGCUUCACCGCCUUUUGCGUUCUAGCUGUUGCACACAGAUCCUGGUGGGGGGUGGGGUGGUCUCUUCCAUCGCUUUCCCAGCAGGAAGCAACCACUCGAUGCCUUCGCUGAAACAGGCACCCAUUCUUCCUUGUCUGUCCCCUGGAGUCUGCCCCCAUGGCAAACCGCCCCUGUUCCACAAGCCUUGGGGGGGCCUUGAGCUCUGUGCCCUAUAAUGUGAGAAGGGUGGGCACCCGCUGGCUGAGCAGACUCCACGGAGGCAGGACUCGCACACCCCUCCCCUGAAAAUACACUGGCAUUCAUUCUCCAUGUGCUGUUUUGGGGGCAGGGGAAGGCAGGCUGCUCAGAGGUGCCCCUGUGUUGACUUCCAGGACCUUCCGUCGGGCCAAGUGGGGCAGGGCAAGACCAGCGGUCGCGUCACCCACUCAGUCUGGACUGCACCGCUUCAGAGUGCACACAGGGAGCGGCUGAGUCAAAUGGUUGAAUGUCGGCCAGUCCAGUAAACAUUGUUGAACAUUUAAAACCAGAAUGUCGGGGAGAAGGCUAGUUUAGUUCUGCCCCUUGGCCUGAUAGUCGUGUAUCAGUAGGGGCACGUGUGUGUUGUUUUGAAUCUGAGGAGCAUUCAGUCUUGCUGUCAGAACUGGCACAGUCCGGAAUGAAACCUCUCUGGCUGCUGUCCCUGGGACUCUCUUGCCUGGUGUUGGUCCAGCCGGCAUCCUGCGGGGACAUGCUGGGGGCCAGCAAACCUCAGCUGCCGCUCCUGCUGCAAAUGUCUUCUGUUGUUAAUUUCUCCUCACUGAGCUGUUUUUAUAUUUUUGCCGGAGAGCAGUCUCUCCCCUCUUCCGCACCUCUUCUUCCCAGCAGCAGCUGGGAAAGACGUGGCAGAAAAGGGCCCCCCCCCCUCCCCUCCCAAGGACUUCAAGGCCUUUCGACCCAGCCGCACGGCUCAGUUUCUAUUGCUAUAUCCCGUAUUUUUAUGCCGGGCUCCAGCAGGCUUUGUGUAAAUGUUUGAAUUCUAUUUUUUAGGCAUCUCUGUAGAAAUGUGUGUUUAAAAAAAAAGAGGCUGAGACUUUUUUUAUAUAUUCGGGGUUAGAAUAAAAACCUUUGUUGGUUUA